AUGGCGGAUCGGACAGCUCCCCGCUGCCAGCUCCGGCUGGAGUGGGUGUACGGGUACCGGGGUCACCAGUGCCGCAACAACCUGUACUACACAGCCGGCAAGGAGGUGGUCUACUUCGUGGCCGGGGUCGGCGUGGUGUACAACACCCGCGAGCACAGCCAGAAAUUCUUCUUGGGACACAACGACGACAUUAUCAGCCUUGCCUUACAUCCAGAUAAAACGCUCGUUGCGACUGGCCAGGUGGGAAAGGAGCCGUACAUAUGCGUCUGGGAUUCGUAUACUGUGCAGACCGUGUCCAUUCUUAAAGAUGUCCACACACAUGGGGUUGCCUGCUUGGCUUUUGACUCAGACGGACAGCGUUUAGCCUCUGUUGGACUGGAUGCCAAGAACACGGUCUGCAUCUGGGACUGGAGGAAGGGGAGACUGCUGGCCUCGGCCACCGGCCAUUCCGACCGGAUUUUUGAUAUUUCCUGGGAUCCGUAUCAGCCAAACAGAAUGGUUAGCUGUGGAGUAAAACACAUAAAGUUCUGGACGCUAUGUGGAAAUGCCCUCACUGCAAAGCGAGGGAUAUUUGGCAAAACGGGGGAUCUGCAGACCAUCCUUUGCCUUGCAUGUGCCAAAGGAGACAUCACCUACUCUGGUGCUUUAAACGGCGACAUCUACGUGUGGAAAGGGCUCACAUUAGUCCGCACCAUUCAAGGCGCUCACAGCGCUGGGAUUUUUAGCAUGUACGCCUGUGAAGAAGGUUUUGCUACUGGUGGGCGAGAUGGUUGUAUACGAUUAUGGGACACUGAUUUCAAACCAAUAACUAAAAUUGAUCUCAGGGAGACAGAACAAGGAUAUAAAGGCCUCUCGAUCCGGAGCGUGUGCUGGAAGGCCGACCGCCUGCUGGCGGGGACACAGGACAGCGAGAUAUUCGAGGUGAUCGUCAGGGAGCGGGACAAGCCCAUGUUGAUCCUGCAGGGCCACUGUGAGGGGGAGCUCUGGGCCCUGGCCCUGCACCCCAAGAAGCCGCUGGCCGUGACAGGCAGUGACGACCGCUCCGUCAGACUCUGGAGCCUGGCUGACCACGCCUUGAUCGCCCGCUGUAACAUGGAGGAAGCUGUCCGCAGCGUCGCGUUCAGCCCCGAUGGAUCCCAGUUGGCCCUGGGCAUGAAGGAUGGCUCUUUCAUCGUCCUCCGGGUCAGGGAUAUGACUGAAGUGGUCCACAUCAAAGACCGGAAAGAAGUCAUUCACGAGAUGAAGUUUUCUCCAGACGGGUCUUACCUCGCAGUGGGGUCCAACGAUGGCCCAGUAGACGUCUAUGCAGUUGCACAGCGAUAUAAGAAAAUCGGAGAGUGCAGCAAGUCCCUCAGCUUCAUCACCCACAUCGACUGGUCUUUGGAUAGCAAGUACUUGCAAACUAAUGAUGGGGCAGGAGAGAGACUCUUCUACAAGAUGCCGUCUGGGAAGCCUUUAACAAGUAAAGAAGAAAUCAAAGGGAUUCUCUGGGCCUCCUGGACAUGUGUGAAAGGGCCCGAAGUGAGUGGAAUUUGGCCCAAAUACACCGACGUGACAGAUGUGAACUCAGUGGAUGCAAAUUACAACAGCUCAGUCCUGGUGUCCGGAGAUGACUUUGGAAUGGUUAAACUGUUCAAAUUUCCUUGUCUCAAGAAAGGAGCAAAAUUUAGAAAGUACGUGGGCCAUUCUGCACAUGUCACGAAUGUCCGCUGGUCCCAUGACUUCCAAUGGGUGCUGAGCACAGGAGGGGCUGACCACUCAGUUUUCCAGUGGAGAUUUAUCCCAGAAGGUGUCACCAACAGCAUGCUGGAAACCACACCCCAAGAAGGUGGCACUGAUUCGUACAGCGAAGAAUCGGACUCGGACGUAUCCGAUGUGCCAGAGUUGGACUCCGAUAUUGAGCAAGAAACCCAAAUCAGUUACGAUCGCCAGGUUUACAAAGAAGAUCUACCUCAGCUCAAGCAGCAAAGUAAAGAGAAAAACCACGCGGUGCCCUUCCUCAAGCGAGAGAAAGCUCCUGAGGACAGCUUGAAGCUGCAGUUCAUUCACGGGUACAGAGGCUAUGACUGUAGGAACAAUCUGUUCUACACGCAAGCUGGAGAGGUGGUCUACCACAUUGCCGCAGUGGCCGUCGUGUACAACAGGCAGCAGCACUCGCAGAGGCUGUACCUGGGCCACGACGACGACAUCCUCAGCCUGGCCAUCCACCCAGUGAAGGACUACGUGGCCACGGGGCAGGUUGGGCGAGACGCUGCCAUUCAUGUGUGGGACACACAGACUCUGAAGUGUCUGUCCUUGUUGAAGGGACAGCAUCAGAGGGGAGUGUGCGCGCUCGAUUUUUCAGCCGAUGGAAAAUGCCUGGUGUCCGUUGGCCUGGACGACUUUCAUAGCAUAGUGUUCUGGGACUGGAAGAAGGGAGAGAAGGUGGCCACCACGAGAGGACACAAAGAUAAGAUAUUUGUGGUGAAAUGCAACCCACAUCAUGUCGACAAACUGGUUACAGUCGGGAUGAAGCACAUAAAAUUCUGGCAACAAGCAGGUGGGGGCUUUACCUCCAAAAGGGGGAUUUUCGGAAGUGCCGGGAAGCUGGAAACGAUGAUGUGCGUUUCCUACGGGCGGAUGGAGGAGCUCGUGUUCUCGGGAGCGGCGACUGGAGACAUUUUUAUCUGGAAAGACGUUCUGCUGCUGAAGACCGUGAAAGCCCACGACGGGCCCGUGUUCGCCAUGUACGCGCUGGAUAAGGGUUUUGUAACAGGCGGAAAAGAUGGAAUUGUGGAGCUCUGGGAUGAUAUGUUUGAAAGAUGCCUGAAGACUUAUGCCAUUAAAAGAGCGGCCUUGUCAACCAGCUCAAAAGGCCUGCUUUUGGAGGAUAACCCUUCAAUCCGUGCCAUCACUCUGGGCCAUGGACACAUCCUGGUGGGAACCAAGAACGGAGAGAUUCUGGAAAUUGACAAGAGUGGCCCAAUGACUCUGCUGGUUCAGGGACACAUGGAAGGAGAGGUAUGGGGGCUGGCAGCCCACCCCCUCCUGCCCAUCUGUGCUACCGUGAGCGAUGACAAGACCCUUCGGAUCUGGGAAUUGUCCUCCCAGCACCGCAUGCUGGCCGUAAGGAAACUCAAAAAAGGUGGAAGAUGCUGUGCCUUCUCCCCUGACGGGAAAGCCUUAGCUGUUGGAUUGAACGAUGGGAGUUUCCUGGUCGUGAACGCUGACACUGUGGAAGACAUGGUCUCCUUCCACCACCGAAGAGAGAUGAUAUCGGAUAUUAAAUUCUCCAAAGAUACAGGAAAAUACCUUGCUGUGGCGUCCCACGACAACUUCGUGGACAUCUACAAUGUGCUCACAAGCAAGCGGGUUGGCAUCUGUAAAGGCGCUUCUAGUUACAUUACGCACAUCGACUGGGACUCUAGAGGAAAAUUACUGCAAGUCAAUUCGGGUGCCAAAGAACAACUCUUUUUUGAAGCUCCAAGAGGCAAACGACAUAUAAUAAGACCUUCAGAGAUUGAGAAGAUCGAGUGGGACACGUGGACCUGCGUCCUGGGCCCCACGUGUGAGGGAAUCUGGCCAGUGCACAGCGACGUGACGGACGUCAAUGCUGCCAACCUUACCAAAGACCGCUCCCUCUUAGCCACUGGCGACGAUUUUGGUUUUGUGAAGCUGUUUUCAUAUCCUGUCAAGGGCCAGCACGCAAGAUUCAAGAAGUACGUGGGGCACAGUGCCCACGUGACCAACGUGAGGUGGCUGCAUAAUGACUCUGUCCUGCUCACGGUGGGCGGCGCUGACACGGCCUUGAUGAUCUGGACCAGGGAGUUCGUGGGGGCCCAGGAAAGCAAGCUGGUGGACAGCGAGGAGUCAGACACGGACGCAGAGGAGGAUGGAGGCUACGACAGUGAUGUUGCGAGAGAAAAGGCCAUUGAUUACACCACCAAGAUCUACGCCGUGAGCAUCAGGGAGAUGGAGGGCACCAAGCCGCACCAGCAGCUCAAGGAGGUCUCCGUGGAAGAGAGGCCGCCCGUCAGCCGAGCAGCGCCCCAGCCCGAGAAACUCCAGAAGAACAACAUCACCAAGAAAAGGAAGCUGGUGGAGGAGCUGGCUCUGGACCACGUGUUUGGCUACCGGGGCUUCGACUGCCGCAAUAACCUGCAUUACCUUAACGAGGGCGCGGACAUCAUCUUCCACACGGCGGCGGCAGGCGUGGUGCAGAACCUGUCCACAGGAAGCCAGAGCUUCUACCUGGAGCACACAGACGACAUCCUCUGCCUCACGGUGAACCAGCACCCCAAGUACAGAAACGUGGUGGCCACCAGUCAGAUAGGGACAACGCCGGCCAUCCACGUGUGGGACGCCAUGACCAAACACAGCCUCUCCAUGCUGCGAUGCUUCCAUCCCAAGGGGGUGAAUUACAUCAACUUCAGCGCCACCGGGAAGCUUCUGGUCUCGGUGGGCGUGGACCCCGAGCACACCAUCACGGUCUGGCGAUGGCAGGAAGGAGCCAGGGUUGCCAGCCGUGGGGGCCACCUGGAGCGCAUAUUUGUGGUGGAAUUUCGCCCCGAUUCGGACACACAGUUUGUGUCGGUUGGAGUCAAACACAUGAAGUUCUGGACCCUGGCGGGCAGCGCCCUGCUGUACAAGAAAGGGGUCAUCGGGUCCAUGGAGGCCGCCAAGAUGCAGACGAUGCUGUCCGUGGCCUUCGGUGCUAACAACCUCACGUUCACGGGUGCCAUCAACGGGGACGUGUAUGUCUGGAAGGACCACUUCCUGGUGCGGCUGGUGGCCAAGGCGCACACGGGCCCCGUGUUCACCAUGUACACGACGCUGCGGGACGGCCUCAUCGUCACCGGAGGGAAGGAGAGGCCGACCAAGGAAGGAGGUGCUGUGAAACUGUGGGACCAGGAGAUGAAGCGCUGCAGGGCCUUCCAGCUGGAGACGGGGCAGCUGGUGGAGUGCGUGCGCUCUGUGUGCCGGGGGAAGGGCAAGAUUUUAGUGGGAACCAAAGAUGGAGAAAUCAUUGAAGUUGGUGAAAAAAAUGCCGCUUCCAACAUCCUGAUUGAUGGGCACAUGGAGGGGGAGAUCUGGGGCCUGGCCACGCACCCCUCCAAGGACAUCUUCAUCUCAGCCAGCAACGACGGCACGGCCCGGAUCUGGGACCUGGCCGACAAGAAGCUGCUGAACAAGGUGAACCUGGGCCACGCGGCCAGGUGUGCGGCGUACAGCCCCGACGGGGAGAUGGUCGCCAUCGGCAUGCAGAACGGCGAGUUUGUCGUCUUGUUGGUGAACAGCCUGAAAAUCUGGGGGAAGAAACGAGACCGGAAGUCUGCCAUCCAGGAUAUCAGGAUCAGCCCAGACAACCGGUUUUUGGCGGUCGGUUCUUCCGAGCACACCGUUGACUUCUAUGACCUCACCCAGGGGACAAGCCUGAACCGCACUGGCUACUGCAAAGACAUCCCGAGCUUUGUCAUUCAGAUGGACUUUUCUGCGGACAGCAAAUACAUCCAGGUGUCCACAGGAGCCUACAAACGGCAGGUGCAUGAGGUGCCCGUGGGGAAGCAGGUGACCGAUGCCCUGGUCAUGGAGAAGAUCACCUGGGCUUCCUGGACAAGCGUUCUGGGAGAUGAAGUCAUCGGCAUCUGGCCACGGAAUGCGGACAAGGCUGACGUCAACUGUGCGUGCGUGACGCACGCCGGCCUCAACAUUGCCACAGGGGACGACUUCGGGCUGGUGAAGCUCUUCGAUUUUCCAUGCACAGAAAAAUUUGCCAAACAUAAACGCUACUUUGGUCACUCAGCUCAUGUGACCAACAUCCGAUUCUCUCACGAUGACAAGUACGUGGUCAGUGCUGGAGGCGACGACUGCAGUGUAUUUGUGUGGCGAUGUCUGUAA